GAAACCCGCGCGCAAAAUGGUGUCUUAGCAACUAAAGGCUCAGCGGUGCAUACUGCUACUUUCUAGCCAACUGAAUUAAAUCAAUCUCAAUCUCAUCCAUUCGGUCGUCCACAUCAUCGUAGUAGUUUUGCGCCUCUAACCCCUUCUAUGAAGCUCUUCCCGCAUUUUCCUUUAUACUACUUCUACUAACAUCCUUCUAUUUUAUACCCAAAAUGACAUAAACUUCAUUUAUUGAAGCUUCCUGUCAACCCGCUCCCUUCGCAAAGCCCUCGAAUCUCUACAAGAAGAAAUCUACUUUCCACCUUCUCGCGUCUCCCAUCUCGAUCAACCCUCCCAUUUACAAACCACAAACCACACAAAAAAACAAGAAACCAAGAUGAAGACUGCUAAAUUACCCCAAGCAGAUGCUGGCCCAUCCUCAAAUAGAAGAGCACAACCUGUUCGCCAAACUCGAGCAAAUCCCCCGCGAACGUCGUCCGGCACAACCCGUACUUUUGCUGGCAGAGAUUCGCUUGGAGGCGGUCACAGUCAUGAUCAACCUAUUGAGAUUUUCCCCGCAAUUACAUACUUCACCGAUGCCAUAACAUCGCUACCUAAAGAUCUUGUCCGACAUUUCACUCUCCUAAAAGAAGUCGACGCUAAGAUAUUCGCUCCCGAAGAAACCCUCUUUCACCUUGUCGAUGCCGUUCUCAAGUCGACCCCCGCUGAGCCUAGGAGCGUCAAUGAUGCAUCCAGCAGUAGUGCCGCCGCCUCUACGCCGAUGAGCGCUCAGAACAGCUCGAGUGGGUUUGCCGCGAACGGCAAUCCUAGGUCGACUGAUGACAACUACAGUUCCGCCGUCUUUAAUCCGAGUAAUCUUCAGCGGCGCCAACUAUUUCAUCAAACUGCCCUCAAAGUGCAAGAAAUGCUAGUGUCCCUAGAAGAAAAAAACCACGUUAUAUCGACUGCGAAUGAGGCGCUAUCUAAACAACUAGCUCGGAUCAAUGAUGUCUGGCCGCAUCUCGAGGGUGAAUUCAGCGAUGAAGCAAAAUGGGGUAGUACUACACACUGGGCCUAUCCAGAGAAUAGGAUCAAUCGAGCAAACCAAGCUGAACGAUCGCGACGAGACGGAGCAGCUACUAUCACAGCUGCGGCCCAACAGGUUGCAGAAGAAGCUGCAGCACGAAGUGACGCGAGAAAGCAAGCGCUCAUGGCUAGGAAGGGGCUUAAGCAUCACCAACAUCAAGACUCGGAUCUAGAUGACCACGAGAACAAGCAUAGAGGAGAAUCGACAAAAAAGACAGCUGCCAAUAACCAUGGUAGUAAGGCUCGAAAAGCCGCCGAAACAGCUGCGCCUGUGGGACUAGGUAUUACUUCAGGUGCUGCUACGAAUACUCCCAAUGGGAAUCCCCCAUCCAAAAGACGAAAGGUUGAGGCAAAUAAACCAGCUAAUGGAGGGCAACCGAUGGAACGCGCAAUGAGUUCUGUCUUUGGCAACAACAAUACGACGAAGCCCAAAAACUCUAGCCCAAGGGCAACGCCUGCACCUGAACCACCGAAGAAGAGAAAGGCUCUUCCAACAGUGAACGGUGCCUCAAAAAAGAGCAAAACGACCGCCGCAGCUGCCACACAUUCUCCUUCUAUCGCCGCGUCUCCAAUCCAACCAAAUUUCGACCCAAAAGUGGUGGCACGAGGGUCUCCUGCACCCUCAGCGACUUCAGCACGCCCUGCAUCAUCGCGAGCCAGGCAAAACUCGAUACAGUCCAAUGUAGAGAACAGUCGACAGCGGCCAACUUCAUCUGCUUCGAACAGACCAAAUGGUGUAGCUACUACAACUCCAGAGCUCACUGUGAGCAAUAAUGGUGUUCGGCCCCCGCCUGAUACUAAGCCAAUCAAAGAAACCCUAGCAACAGUGAAAAUUGAAGCCUCUAGGGAAGAAACGGUUCUUGCCAUCGCCAGUACUAGUGCCGUUACUACAAAUGGCAAGGCCAUGUCCAAAGGCGACGACGCAGAACCUAAAGGUGAUGCUGUACACACUCCCUCGACAGCAUCUACAACAGUUGUCACCACCAAGAGCGGACGAGCUAGUAAACCAUCAACACCAGCAUUAGGAUCGUUCCCAGACCCGCCGCCGAGGUCGCGGUCAUCUCGAAAUGCGUCGACUACCAACGGGAAAAGAAGCCACAAGAAAGGUGCGGCUCAGCAACUCGCAGCUCGGCUCGCAAACGAGGGUACGAACGGAAGUGUACAAGGCGACGACGACGGUGAUGUUGAUGCUGACGAGCCAUUAUACUGCUAUUGCAAUGGCGUCAGUUAUGGUGAGAUGGUCGCAUGCGACGCGGAUGAUUGUGAACGAGAGUGGUUCCAUCUUGAUUGCGUCGGCCUCAGGGCAGCCCCACCGUCGAAUAUGAAAUGGUACUGCGAUAAUUGCAAGGACCGCAUGAGGACUGGGAAGAAAGUCAAUGGUAGAUGAUGUGCUUUUUUCCCUACGCAUUUGCUUCAAAAGGUAGAACCAACUGCCUACGUAGAAUCCAUGGAGUUCACGGUGUUUAUCUAGCCAGGGCAUAUGGGGGUUGGGGAUGUAACAGGACCUCACACAUAUUGGCGUCUCGGGACUUGAAGCUUCUGGUCGGGAGCUCCUAAAGUAAUCACGAUAUUAUUUUGGGGUGCUACUUUGCUAGGUACCUAAGUAAGGAGUUGGCAUGGUGCUGAUGGGUUGUCUUUAGCUCGGAAUAUUCUUUGGGGAAAUUCGGCAUGCCAAUGAGAACAUGGGUUAGAUACAUUAUUAUAUGUACCUAGGUAGAUAUUGGCGUUUCUCAUUCUGUACAUCGUGUUGUGGCUCUUAGCUUGGAGAGCUACUUAACUGGGGAACAUAUGUACAUCCAUCCAUCCAUCCAUAUUGAUAGUACUACUAUUCAGUACUGCACUGCAAGUAUGUAUUAAACAUGUAAGUGAGACUAGGUCCUAAGCAGCCGAACAAUAUAUAAAUUAGGUAUAUGUGAUUAUGGAAUUGUUGGUAUUC